AUGCCCUACAUGGAAGAACAAGCCGCCCCUAUGGACUUCACCAAGUACUUCAGCGUCGAGACUGUCAACAGGCAGCGCUCGGCGCUCAAGGUGCUGAGACCGUACUUUGAGAUUCCCGGGAUGGUCAGCUUUGGAACCGGUAUCCCCCACCCCUCGACCUUCCCCGUCAACGCCAUGACCAUCUCGAUCCCCUUUGCUGAGAAGUCCGUGUUCAUUCCAGGAUACAACAGCCUUGAGCCCGAAUCCCUCCUACCCCUGGCACCAUACACGGCCCCCUCCAAGGCGGAACCGCUCAUCCCCGACUUGGCGGACGCUCUCUCCUAUAGCGCAACCUACGGCGCAAAGCACCUCUUGGUAUGGCUCAAAGAGUCCAUCAAGCGGAUUCACGCGCCCAAGUAUGACGACUGGGAGGUCUGCCUCACUGCGGGCAAUACGGACGGGACGGAUGCUGUCUUGCGGACUCUGUGCAACCGGGGCGACACUAUGCUGGUCGAGGAGUUUGCCUAUCCUGGACUGCUGAGUCCCGCUGCGACUCAAGGCAUCAACUGCGUUGGCGUGCCGAUGGACACGGACGGUGUCAAGGCGGACGCUCUUGACGAGCUUAUGGAGAACUGGGACGAGGCCACUCAGGGCCGGACCCCGAAGCUGAUCUUGAUGGUACCGACCUGCUCGAAUCCCUGCGGUAUGACCAUGUCUGAGCAGCGCAAGAGGGACGUCUACCGGGUCGCCCAGAAGUGGGACCUUCUCAUCGUUGAGGAUGAUCCAUACUGCUUCCUCCAGAUCAGACCCAACGGUGCCGACUCGCCCAUCAUCCCCACCUUUAUUUCCCUGGACACGGACGGCCGAGUCAUCCGUAUCGACAGCUUUUCCAAGAUCGUCGCGCCUGGAAGUCGACUUGGCUACAUUUCGGCACACAAGGUGCUGGCUGAAAAGUUGAUGAACAGUCGCGAGAGUGCUACUCAAUGUCCCUCUGGCUUCUCCGUCGCCGCCAUCUCGGCGGUCCUGCGUGCCUGGGGCGGACACGAGGGCUUCGAGCAAAAAUACAUCCCCUACAUCUCCGACAUCUACGCCAAGCGCUGCCUCAACAUGAUCUCCUUGCUCGAGCGGUACGCACCUGCCAGCACCAUUGAGAUUCCCAAGGGCAGUGGCGGCAUGUUCCUCUGGGUCCGCCUCAAGAUCGAGUCGCACCCCGACGUUAACAAGCGCUCGGCCGACGAGAUCGAGCAGAGUGUUUUCCAGACGAUGAUUGAGGAUCGCGUGCUGUGUGUACCGUCGGUGUACUUCAAGGCGCCAUCCAAGACGGUCUUGACCCGCGAGGAGGCUGCAAGAAAUUCGUAUCUUCGGAUCUCGUUUGCGCUUCCCCCGCCAGAGGAGAUGGAGGAGGGGGCGAAGCGUAUGGGCAAGUCGCUGAGGAAGGAGUGGCAAGUAGAGGCGUAG